CGCAAUCCCGAGAUUAGAGGCGCGGCGACUCGAAUCGACUCGACGAGGGUUUAGCAGGGGCGGCGGAAACCCUAGCCGCCACCGCCGCCGCCGAGAUGGGGAGCUACUUCGACCUGCUGGACCUCGCGGAGGGCGCGUCGGGCGAGGAGGCCGUCGCCAAGGUCGUUGGCAAGGUCGUCGGCAAGGUCGUGCCGCCCUCCGAGCCCAAGCCGCCCAAGAAGAAGCCCGGCCUCAAGGGAGCCCAGCCCCAACCGCAGCAGGAUGGGAUGGAGGAGUAUAGUGGCGAUCAUGGUGGUAAUUACGACAACAACGCUGAUCAUGGUGGCAAUUACCACGGCAACGGCGACCGUGGUGGCUAUUACAACGGCAAUGGCGACCGUGGUGGCUAUUACAACGGCGACGGCGGUCGCGGUGGCUAUUCCAACGGUAACGGUGGUCGCGGUGGUUAUCGCAAUGGCAAUGGCGGUCGUGGUGGCUAUCGCAAUGGCAAUAGCGGUCGCGGCUAUCACAACGGCAAUGGCGGUCGCGGCUACAACAAUGUUGGCUACAAUGAGAAUAAUUCCCACUAUCAGCAAGGUGCGUAUGGUGGCGAGUACUAUGGGUAUGGUGAUAUGCAGGCACAGGGAGGAAACUACCACCAUAGUGGCGAGAGGCAAUGGUACAGCAGAGACGGUGGGCAGGCCAGGAAAAAUAGGAAUCUGCAGUACAAGCCUAAAAGUAAGGCGGCAUCCGUUGCUUCUUCUGACCCUGAUCUCAAGCCUGAAGAGCAGGCUGAGCCUGCUGUUGAAACAAAACAGCAGGAUGCCAGUGCUGAUAAUGCUGAUGGUGUUCCUGCCCCUGAAUCAGAGAAAUCUUCUGGGGAUGUUGCAAAAGAUGAUUCUAAGAAAGAGGGAGAAGGUGGCACCAAAAAGAAGGAUGGGGUCAAAACCAAGAGUAUGUGUGGCUCAGCAAGGAAGAGGCAGGUGAAUAAAAAGAAGGCUAUGGAAGCUAAUGCAGAUGGUUCUAAGAAAACAAUUGGCAAUGAAGAAGAGGUCAAUCAAGAGGAGAAAAAGGAGAUGACCCUUGAAGAAUAUGAGAAGAUGCUAAAGGAGAAGAAGUCUUUGGAGCCCGCUAAACUGGAGGGAAGGGAGAUCAACCCUGUAGCAUUUGAGGGUCUCCUAAAAUUGGAGAAGAAGCUAGAAGAUGAUGCAGAUGGUGAGCACAAGGAAAAGGAGGUUGUUGUGAAGAAUGUCAAGCCUCGCAAGUCAAUGACCAUCCAGGAGUACCUUAAGCCAGCUGACGGUCAGGAGUACGUCCCUCCUCGCCCGCCAAGGCGAGAUGGCCCAUUCAACAGCAGCUAUAGGGGUGGGCGUGGCAAUGGUGGUUUCAGCGACCGCAGCCGUGACAACAGCACUGAAUCACGGGUGUACAAUUCUGGCCGCGGUGACAAUGCCAUAGUCUUCCACAAUGUAGAUGCUACCAGUGGCAAUGCCGCGCCAAGGAGUGGUGGCCGCCCUGAUCACAACAAUGGCAGGGGCAAUGGUGGUUACCAGGAGCGCCAGGGUGGGUACAAUGGAGGCUAUCAAGAGCGCCAGGGCGGGUACCAGCAGGGUGGGUACAAUGGCAGCAGAGGCCGUGGCGGAUACCGUCAAGGCGGCAACUCGGAGGGCUAUGGCAACGGAGGGUACCAGCACGGUGGAGGUGGUCGAGGCUAUGGUGGCUGUGGACGGGGCCGUGGCUACCCACAACCCAGGCCAGUCCCCAGGCCGGACUCUGCCGCCCACUUUCCUGCGUUGACAGGAUCAUCGCCUAAGCCCUGAUCAGGCUCAGGCGGCAUCGCCAUCUGUAGCCAUCCCCAUCUUUAUCUCCAUCUCAGGCGUAGAUUUAUGUUUUCUAAGUUUUGUUUCUGAUUUUGGUGUGGAGAGAAGAUAGGAGGGGAAAAGCCCAGUGCUGAUUUUCCUCUACAGUUUUGUAACGGAGCUACUUUUUUUAAUCUGCCUGCACUAAGUUUUUAUCUUAAAGAAGCUAUUAAUCCGCGUCUCCUUUUUG